CCGGUCACAGCGCCGCUCCAGCCUGUCCACCGCCGCUGCUCUCGUGACGUCACAGGUUUCUUGGUUGCUCGGUUUCGUAGCAACGGUGGUCAGAACAACCGCGCGGCUCCUCCGGAGUGACCAUUCCUACAGCUAACGCCAGUCCGGCUGGGGAGACUCGGCCCGCCAUGCCGCGAAGCCGAGAUCCGUUCCCUUUUCCACGACAUGAGAACGACCAGACUUUCACAGGGAAGCAAGUUUGUCAGAAACCCCCCUUUAAAAACCCCACCCACCUCGCGCAGAACGCUCAGCCGUGGAGCCGCCUGAACGACACGGCGACCGAAACCAGCCUGAGGCGAAGCGUCCUCCACCGCGACGAGGAGACACCAAGAGACAGCCUGGACUUCCACCUCAGGUCCGUCUAUGACAACCAUCUGGACUUCCUCCGGGACAAGAGCCAAACGCUGCAACAGAGAGAGACUCUGAUGGACCGCAGGGCAGCGCACCCAGAAGCAGACGAGGCAGCGCGCGAGACUCGGGAGACGAGAGUCUGGGUGAACCCUCAGAAAGAGUCCAUCUACAGCAUCGAGGGAACCAUCGAGUCUCAUCACAACGCUUCUACAAACCGGGGCUACUCCAGGAAGCACGACGGCGGGUUUUACUCGGCAUAAAUAAAAGUGAUUUUACCAAAACCAAA